AUGCUGCUCUGGGGUCUGCUGCUCUGCUUGUCCACUCUGCACGAUAGCCCAGGGAGGAAGCUAUUUGGUAUCCAUCUCUGGCCUCUUCCCUUUCCCCCAGCUCUGACUCAGUUAAUUUCCUUCCAGGUUCCUUUGGCACAUGCCCUUGAGCUGGAGACUCCCCCCUCUGACAACACUGCCCAGCAGGAGAGCCCUGUGGGCCCUGCAGCGGAAAAUGCCACCAGCAUAGAGAAUCCGGAGUGGGAUCCCUCAGCACAACUGACCAGUCAGCACUCUGAAGAGGCUGGAGCCUUAGAAGGAGAUCCACAGUUAGUUCCCACCACCACUCUUCUGCCAGUAGUGGAUCCAACCCUGCCAAAUGCUGCAAAGUUGGAUUCCACCUCUGACACCUGGGAAGACAUCCAUGGGCCUACACAGCCACUCCCUACCACGACCAGCACCACAAGCCCCGGGGCUGGCCUCACAAACUCAGAGGGCCAUCUUGUCACCGGGACAGUAGAAGAGCACAAGCAGGUGCUGGAGGGGCAAGAAGUUGAUUCCUCUGAAGAGGAGGGAGAAGGUCAAGAGAGAGGCUGUGACAUGUCUCAGGCGCAGACACACAGGCUAGCAGAAGGUCUGAUGAAAUUCACCAUCGAUCUCCUGACAGAGGUCCAGAUGGAGACCAGCAGACCCAAUGUGAUCCUGUCUCCCCUCAGCAUCACCCUGGCAUUGUCCCAGCUGGCACUAGGAGCAGCAAACCAGACGGAGAAACGCCUGCUGGAGGCGCUGCACCUGGAAUCAGUGCCCUGUCUCCACCACCUGCUGAGCAGCAUUCGCAGGCAGCUCACAGGGUCCAUGCUCAGUGUAGCUUCACGCGUCUAUCUGCAGAAAGGGUUUGAGGUUAAAGAGAAAUUCUUGGAGAACUCGGAACGAUUCUAUGGGGCAAAGCCUGUGAUCCUGUCUGGGAACAAUGAAAAUGACCUCAUAUCCAUAAACAAGUGGAUAAAAGAGGCAACUGAAGGGCAGAUAUCCACUUUCCUGGAUCAGCUCCCUGCGAGCACUGUGAUGCUCCUACUCAAUGCUGUCCACUUCCAAGGAUUUUGGAGGCAUAAGUUUGAUCCCAGCCAGACUGGGCCAGAUGUAUUCCACCUUGACGACCAGUUCAUAGUUCCAGUUGAGAUGAUGAAAGCUCAGAAAUAUUCUCUGAGCUGGUUUACUCUGGAUCCCCUGGAGGUUCAGGUAGCCAGGUUUCCCUUUAAGGGCAACAUGAGUUUUGUGGCCAUUGUCCCAAACCAGUUUAAGUGGAACGUCUCCCAGGUGCUGGUGAACCUCAGCCACGACAAGUUGCACAGCCGCUUCCCCAAGGAGAAGCCCACCAUGGUAAAGAUGCCCAAACUUCAUGUAGAUUACCAGCUUGAACUCAACCAAGUCCUCAGCCAACUAGGCCUCGGGGAGUUGUUUUCCACCCCAGACCUGCAGAAAAUCACAGAUGAGCCUCUCUUUGUAUCCAGCAUCCAGCACCAGUCCACCCUGGAGCUUGCAGAAGAUGGCGUGGAGGCAUCAGCUGCCACUAGUGUCAUGAUGUCUCGUUCACUCUCCACUUUCAGCCUCAACCAACCCUUUCUCUUCAUCAUCUUUGAGGAGACAACAGGCAUCCCACUCUUUGUGGGCAGCAUCCAGAACCCCAACCCCAUCGCUGCCCAAAAGAAAAAAGAGCCACAGGACUCACCUACCCUGAAAAAUGCCAUCAAAAAUAGUAUCCCCAAAUAAGGGAGGAGCAGUGCCUAGGAGUCCUGGGACUGCUGCCUGUGAGACCUCUGUAGCAGGGUCUCUCUCUCCUGGAUGGGCUUCCAUCAGAAGCCCUUCUUCCCCAUCCCAGUGGGUCCCCUCUGGCAGGGCUCUCUCUAGAGCCCUCAGCACCACUCUUGAGCAGCAGUGCUGGUACCAAAUUGUCUUGAAUACUCAUUAGCUUCUGACAAUGUCUCUAUGCAAUUGGACAAAGACAAGAGGUGUAAAAGCUGCUCUUCCCUCUGAGCCCCUUAUGCACAUUCCUUGGUCAGGACAUUCAUCAAACAGCAGGACUUGCUUGUCACUAGAUAUGCAAAUAGCAGCGAAAUCAAAUUGAUUAGCAGCCAGUCACCUUCCUGGGAUGUGAGUCUCAGCUACUAUUUCUGAUAAAGGUUCUGCCUAGAACAUUCCUGCCCCUGUCCACCGGGUAUUGGGAUUUGCUGGGUGUGUGUGCAAGGGGGGGGGGGCUCAUUUCUAUCCUGAGCACCAGCCCUUCACCUGGGAUGUUGGAGGCAUCUUUUGUAAAGUGUUUUUUAGUAAUUUUUAUGUUGGCAGAAUAAUAAAGAGUGAAACAGAUGAUGUUUGGCUGAGUUGUCACCUUGAGAGAUACCCGGCGGAGACUGGAAAGGGGCACAGAAGUGCAGCAAACAGGCGGAGUAACUGCAAAGACUUGGGGGGAAAAAGAGUUACUGGGGCUUGACUGAAGGAUGGAAGGUCCUAAAGGGUCUCAUGAGAAGUGAGCAGUCCUUUCUCCUUACUCCAACUCUCACCACCAGAAUGAGGCGCCACAGGAUGAGAUUAAUGGCUAGUAAAUAUGGAACCAUUAAAAGGACAUUGCCUAUUCCCCUUUGGAAAUCUCAGCUGAACAUACCAGAGAAUCCACUAAUGUGGGUGGAUACAAAGAGUGGGGAGAUCCAGUCUGAUGCCAUAGGGUCUGAGCUGAAUGCUGUAGGGGUCAGGAAGGAAACGUCCCCAUUAGCAGCGUAGCACAACUGGCUGGUUUUUGCCUUCCUCUGAGGGAGGAAUUGGUAUUGGGCACUGCCAGCUGGCAGGCUACUGGAUUCAAUGGACGAGUGGUGUAAUCUGGUCUGGCACAUCCUACAUGUGGCUUGUUAUUUUAUGUUGGGUGCUCCUGAGCCUGCAGAACAAUGCUACCGGAGUUUGACAUCUUCCAGGACACGACUGCAUCUCCUUGGGGGUCAGAGUCAUUUCCUUCUGUCAGUACAGGAAUGGUGUUCACCUGGAGCUUCACUUCUGAGAUGGGUACAGCUCACUGGAUCCCUGCUCUGAAAUAACUCAGCAUGUCUGACCCAAGCAGCAAAGACUGAUGGUUUGGGGGAAAAGUAACCCCCACCACAGCAACUUAAGCUGUGUUACGUUAGUCUUGCUAGUUUCGGUGUUUCUGUAGCAAUUAACAGUGAAUGUCUACAUGCUGACAAAGGGAAUUUAGAACCACUCUUUGUUGGCCAUCGCAGAUUCUGCUUCUCAUUGCUUCUAGGAAGCCCUUCUAGGGUAUGUCUACAGUGCAUCUGGGAGCAAUUCUCCCACCCUGGUCCACAGACCUGGGUUAGUAGGGCUCACAGUAGUGUGCUAAAGGUAGCUAUGUAGACAGGGUGGUUUGGGCUCU